CUCUCAUUCUCCUUCCUCAGAAACCUCGCUUUUUCGGAUACACUUGCGGGGCUUGUUGCCAGUAUAAAGACAGCUUUAUCUAUCAUUGUUCCGACUGUGAAUUUUACCUUGACAUAGCUUGUGCUUCUCUCAACCCUAACCCUACUGAAAACAAUGAAUUCGGUCAGAUUCGACGAUUUAGCCAUCCCCAUCCGUUGAUUUUAUGUGAUAACAAACAGAAAUUUGAAAUUUGUUGCUAUGCGUGUGAGAUUCCUUUGGGGGAUUCGAUUUGCUUUUGCGCCGAAUGCAAGGUUUUAUUGCACGAAUCAUGUGCUGAUUUGCCCCACGAAAUGAAGCACAUGUUUCACCCAAUGCACACUCUCACCCUCCGCUACCAUCGGUAUGGUAAAUGCGAGGCUUGUUUACGUCAUUCAUCUGGUUGUAUCUACGAAUGUUCCCAGUGUCAAUGGUACAUGGAUGUUAGAUGGGCUUUGUCAAAGCCCAAAACCAUGAUGUCUAAAAUUCACCCACACCCUCUUGCUUUGUUUAACAAGCCAAAUUAUGAUAUUUAUGCACUACUUGUAGCCAUUUCUGCCUUACCCCUUUCUUCCGUUGUGUGCUGUGCCACUUCGAUCUCCAUGUCCAUUGUAUUUCAAUAUUGCCACCUACACUCAAGUACUUCAAUCAUGUCCAUACCCUCACUCUCAACCGUUCUCCAAUUAAAGACUAUCCUGAUGAAGAUGAUGAUGCAGAGUUUUACCGUGACGCUUGCGAAGAAAGAAGAGUGCUGGCCCACCCAACUUAUUACUGUAAAGAUUGCCACUAUGUUGCUCAUUGUCAUUGCACCGUAUCUGAGGUCACAGCUCUCUCUCUCUCUCUCAGGUUGCUCUCUCUCUGUCCGGCCUCAUUUCAUGUCCGCCAUCUUGACUGCCACUAGAGCUCUACCUUUUUCCUCCUCUGCUAUCGUGACCGCCACCACAGCACGAAGAUCAAAGGGAAACACCCCUAGCCUGUACCCCGUUGCUAUUUGGGAAAUGUUAUACACCAGAGUCCGUGACUCGCCUAUAUAUAUCAAUGAAAGUGACAAGUUAGUACAAAGAAUAUCUUCUGCAAAGAAGGUGAUAUACAUGCUCUACAGUCCGAAGCACACCUACACACUGUGCAGUUCGACGAACAACGAUGAAGGGUGAGACGCGAAGAGCACCACAGAGUAGGCCAAGAAGACCAAGGCCACCUCGAGAGCUGCAGCAAGAAGGAAGAAGAGAAAGACCUCAAAUUUUGGUGAUGUAUUUUUUACAUACGAAUGGUACUUUUUUCGUUUUUUGCUAUAUAAUGUAACUUGUAUGUAAUUUGAAUUCUGAUUACAAACAAGAACUUAUGUAAUGUAAAUAUUGAGUUGGAGUUGAUGUUAUUGUGAUUCAAUUGGUUUCGCUUA